CUAAGUUUACUGCAAUCUCUGCACGGGGGGAGGGAGAGAAAGGGAGAAAGAGACAGAGAUUACCAACAUGACAGCAGGUAGAGAGUUUAGGGCAAGACUCGUUCCAGCUUCAACAACUGGUUUGGUCCUGUGAUGUGUGUAGCUGUGGACAGUGGGAUAAACCCAUAAGCUCAGUGAAAGCAGCCAAAGGAAUUUGUGCAACACAGGAAAAAUCAAACAUGAUGAAGAAUGAAGAAACGAGUUUCAAUGUGGACAGUACCGCAGCCUCUUCCUUCUCCCACUGCCUGCAGCCACUAAGCCCUGUUACAAAGCCACACAGAACAACUCCAUUUGGUGAAGAAUUCAGACCACACCUCUCACAUUUCCACUAUGGCCCUCCUCUUGGAGACAUGGAAACAUUUCAGGGGUCCUUGGAAGGAGGUUCUCGGAAACGUAAGAGCAUGCCAACAAAAAUGCCUCCUUCCAUUGCCCUCGAGGGCUCUUCGUCACCACCAGACAGACCUGAAGACCACAAUGAUAUAGGCUCUUCUAGUCUCUCCUUGGUGUUCCAACAGCCAGCACAGCCCAAGUACAGGUCCCAGAUGAUCGACCUCUGCAACUUUGGGUUUCAGUUCUACAGAACUCUGGAGCACUUUGGAGCCAAGCCCAUUAAGCAAGAAUCAGUGAAGCCUAACGUGGCAUGGCCCAGUAGCCCAGGCUUCAUGCAGGCUCCUUACCCUUAUUAUCCUAAAGUCCACCCUGGCUUAAUGUUUCCUUUUAUUGUGCCGCCAAACUUUCAUUUCAGGAACCCCUUUCAAAUGAAAAGACUGCCAGAGCCACCCUUCAGGAGAGCUGAAGUAAGAGAAAGUGGUGAAAAUAAACAGAAAGUGGAACGAGUAGAUGUCAACCUUCAGAUAGAUGACAGUUACUAUGUUGAUGUGGGGGGUGAACAGAAACGCUGGCAAUGCCCCAUGUGUGAGAAGUCCUACACAUCUAAGUACAACCUGGUCACCCAUAUCUUGGGGCACAGUGGCAUUAAGCCACAUGCUUGCACCCGAUGUGGCAAGCUUUUCAAGCAGCUGAGUCACUUGCACACACAUAUGUUGACACACCAGGGCACUCGGCCACAUAAGUGCCAAGUAUGCCACAAGGCUUUCACUCAAACCAGCCACCUCAAGAGACACAUGAUGCAACACAGCGACAUCAAGCCUUACAACUGCAGGAUCUGUGGCAGGGGUUUUGCCUACCCCAGCGAGCUGAAAGCACACGAGUCUAAGCAUGAGAGUGGCAGAGAGAACAUUUGUGUGGAGUGUGGUCUGGACUUCCCAACGCUGGCUCAGCUGAAGAGACACCUAACAACCCACCGUGGCCCUAUACAAUACAACUGCACUGAAUGUGAUAAGACAUUCCAGUACCCGAGUCAGCUGCAAAAUCACAUGAUGAAGCACAAAGACAUCCGCCCAUACAUCUGCACUGAGUGUGGCAUGGAGUUUGUGCAGCCCCACCAUCUCAAACAGCACUCCCUAACUCACAAGGGUGUGAAAGAGCACAAAUGUGGAAUUUGUGGCCGGGAAUUUACUCUGCUGGCCAACAUGAAGCGACAUGUCCUGAUCCACACCAACAUCAGAGCCUAUCAAUGCCAUUUGUGCUUCAAGAGCUUUGUGCAGAAGCAGACGCUCAAGGCUCACAUGAUUGUUCACUCUGAUGUCAAACCUUUUAAAUGCAAGCUUUGUGGAAAAGAAUUUAACAGAAUGCACAAUCUAAUGGGACACAUGCACUUGCACUCGGACAGUAAGCCUUUCAAGUGCCUCUACUGUCCCAGCAAAUUCACCUUGAAGGGGAACCUAACCAGGCACAUGAAAGUCAAACAUGGGGUUAUGGAACGAGGAUUUCAUUCUCAAGGUUUUGGAAGAGGAAGAAUUGCUCUGUCCCAGACAAAUGUCUUAAGAAGCUUGGAACAGGAAGAGCCCUUUGAUCUUUCCCAGAAAAGCCAAGGGAAGGGAAUCUCAUUCCAUUCAGAUGGCGAGAGUGCCAAGGGAAGCUCAUGCCAGGAAGAAGAGGAGGACAACUGCUAUGAGGCAGAGAGGUACACCCCUGCCAUGUACCACCAGGAUGACAAUAAGCUAUACACGGCUCAGGAUCUGUCUGGCAAACCUGAGUGCAUGAUGAAGGACUUCAGAGAGUCCUACUGCAAUGAGAAAGAAGAAGUGCAAAGUGAGGGACGACUGGAGAAUAGAACAGGAAGCUCAGACAAACAGGAGAGCCAAGGAGAGAGAGACCUUACAAACGACAAAGAACACCUCAGCUUUAGAUCCUUUGAAAAGGCCAGGCUUGGCCACUCUCUCUCUGAUUACUUGUAUUUCAAGCACAGGAACAAGAGCUUGAAAGAAUUGCUGGAAAGAAAAGUUGAAAAACAAACAAUGCUUAUAGGCAUUUAAAAUGGACAUUUAAAAAAGUCUGGAAAAUGGGAACUAGAUAGCUUUUAACAUGAACUGUAAUUUGUCAAUACCUGGAAUUUUGUAGUAGUCUUUAAAAAAAAAACAAGCCAAUGAAUAAAAAUAAUUUAAGGUAAAACACAUAUAUUAAAAAUAUAAAGCAGUUCAAGGUCACAAAGAAAUGCAAUAGAUAUUGAAAAAUAACAUUUUAAUACUUACCCAUUUAUGUUUGAUCAGACAGUGGGGUAGGUAAAGAAGCUUAUUUUUCGUUUAUCUGGGAUGGUAGAGACAUACGCAAUUUUCUAGUUAUCAAAAAGCAACGUAUUCUAGCAUUUGAUUUAUUAUCUGACUAAACAUAUGAAGAAUUCUAACUAUAAAUCUCAAAAAAAAAAAUAAUCUCAGUGCUAAGUAUUUCACAGUGUAAGUAAGAGUACUGUUAAACAUGAUACACACGGAAGUGUUGUCAUUCUCAGAACUAACACAGUCCAAAUACUUCCAUCUAGUGAAGUGACAGUUCAACCACUUAUAAUGAGAAAUGGGAAAGAAAUCAAGAAGAAAUAGUAAUGUUUUGUGAUAUGGUGAAGGGCAGCUCUGUAAGGACUGGAAUUUAUUGCAGUCACAGAAGCUUUUUCUCUGGCACAAGGAAUGUUUGUGCUUUGCUAUGUUUCAGUCAGUAUGGGAGUAUUCAUCAGUUCUUCAAGUGAAGUAGCAUGGACUGUGCUGACAUGUUUUACUGUCUGCUCAGACCAACAUAUAAUGAACAGCAGCAGCAUGUAGCAUUUGCAAGUUUUGCUGUAAUUACACAUAAAGCAAUAUGAGUAAUUUAAUAGAGAAAAAGAUGCAAUUUUGCCUUUUAUCUCUUCAGUUUGUCUUGGCUUGUAGGGCUGAUUUUGAAAUACACAGGUCUGAGCUGAUUUUAUUUAGAAGAUAUGGCAAAAAAAGAGCCCUUAUAGGGCGAGCAGCACAUCACAGAGGAAAAUUGGUUUUGUAUUUCCUCUUUACCGAGUCAGAAAUUUUUCCUUUAUCAACAUGGUUUGAGCAGUAACCUGCAGGCCUUUCAGAAGAAUUCCACUCAUGCUGUUUUUACUGAGUCAUUCACAACUUUUCAUUCUUUUGAUUCUCAUAACAGAUGCUAAGAAGCCACAAUUCCAUUAAGCACAUUCCAUUAAUUGAAUGAAUAAUUUGAUCAGCCCAUUGAUUCCUGCAUCUUCAAAGUAGACUACAAACAGCCCCACUCCACCCUAUUGCUUAUAAGGAAAUAAAGAUUUAAUAAGUCAUUUAAUUAGUCCUAUGUCAUUCAUACCCAUUCAUAAACCCACUCAAAUGGUUUAAAUCUAUAUAUAUGGUACAUCGUAUCUAAAUACGAUUGCCUUCUUCACUUACCUGCCAAGGUCUUGAUUUGAAUUACCUUGCUAUCAUGCUUAAUACAUAGCAAGUUAUAAUUAAAUAUAAUCAUAGACUUACGGCUUCCUAAGGCUAAAGUCAUGUAGCUGCAACUCUCUGACAUUAUUAGAAACCACUCACUGAUGAUUCUCAUACCUACCAGUUAAUCAGUGUUCACAGGGCAGCAGCCCUUAAUGAUCACAUAAAGCUGGGUUUAUGUAGUCUGAGGCUGCAGAAGGCAGUUUCAAUUUUCAUGGCUCAAGCACAGUAUAAUAAAGACUCUGAAGAGCAGAAAAGCUGUUGAUAAAAGAAGCUGUAACACGCAGGUGACUCUUCUAAAAUGUAAUGAGCUCUACAGCUGGCAUACAGGGUAUGCCAAAUUGAAGUGGAGUGUAGGUCAUGUUAGGCCUAGAAUUAAUAUCUUUCAAAAUAAGGUGUAUUUCGGAGAUGCAUAUCCAUAUUUUUUCAGUGAUGAAUUGUUUUAUCAUACACAUUCAACUUACUUGCUUCUAGUGCUUGUCACUCCUCUUGGAAAAGGAGCCAUCUUUCUUUCAGGAAGACACUGGACAAGCAGAAGAAUCAGAACGUUUUCAGAGAAAUGAUCAGGUAGAAAUUCAGCGUGGUUUAUUAGCUUGCCUGUUAGAAAUAGGAACAAGUCCUUCGGCUGCCUUCUUGGCAAUAUCUUGUCUCUGUCAGACAAAAGCUCCUAUUUGAGAGUGCAUACAGCCAAGACCUGUGAGACCCUGACUCUUAGAAAUGUCUCUCUCAAAGUAGUGUAGUUUCCAGAUAUUCAUGAUCCAAGAUCAGUCCACUCCACCUUUCAGGCAUACUAGUUCCUAUAAUAAGAAUAAACAGAGAAUCAGGAGCCUGGUUGUAAUUUCUAGAAUGGUGCGCAUGCAAAUGAACUUAGCAGCUCCCCUCACUUUUGUGGUAGGUAAAGACAUGCAGCCUUUGCAUUGUAAAGCUCUGUUGUCUAUGCAUUGGAGGGUGUUAUGGCACAGCUAGACCAACCCUAUACUGAAAGAGACAAAUGUUACAUACCAAAAGCACUCCAGGUAAACAGAGCAGAGAAAACCUUUUCAGCAGAGCUCAGCUCCCAGUAGAUAGCAUAACCACAAACCUGACGUCUGCUGGAAGUAUGCGUACAAUUCAGAGUUCCCUUACAGACUUCAUAAGGGAAAGUGCCAGACAUGUCGUUAGGAAAGGAAAUCACUGAAAACAGUUCUGGAUUGUCUGGAUUGUCUGUAAACCCAAACACUUUCAGCCACAUUGUCACUGCAGCCAAAUUACCCACUUCUACAAUCCUGCUUCUUAUUGGAGUAAAACCAACUGCCAGCCACAUACAGACAGGUGGAAAGGAGUAGAGACCCCCAGAAAGGCAAUGUUAUUUAGGAAUAAUUUGUAAUGUAAAUUCAUUUUCUUUCAUUCUUCCUAGAAAGCAGAGAAUAUUCCAUUACAAUGAAUCCUUGAGACUGUGCCCAGUCACAUAGUCACACAAAACUAAUUCACAAACACCCAAGGCUAAUUCAUGUUAGAGUAGUAAAGAGCUCAUCUAAAACCAUUAAGUCACCAGUCAGAGGAAUUACAAACAAAACUAUUACUAAGAUAAGGAGACAGUGCCAAGUGACCCAAGCAAAAAGGUUAGGAGAUGAUAGUCCUCCUUACUGCAGAACAUAAUGCAGCUGGGUUUAAGACACUUGUUAAAAGAGGCCCCAAGGGACAAAUUAAAAGUGAAAUAACAGUCUUCAUUGUGAAGCACCUUGCUUUUCAAACAUAAGUUAUUUUCACGCUAUUUACAUUGGCACCGUUUUGGGAACAGACAGUAACGGCCUUUGCUUUUUAAUAGCUUUGAAAAUGCUUUAUAGAAAUUUGCUCUCAUAAUGAAGUUAUUUCCCAUUUCUAAUUUUUGAGAGAUUAGCUUCCUUGUUAUGCUUUGAAUAGAGGUUCAGAAGUACUGUGUCCUGGACCUUAGGGGAUAUAUUUUCUUUUUCCUCCUUCCUAAUCUAUAUACCUUCUUCUUGCUAUGUUGUAGAAAAAAGGUAUUUGCCUGACUCUUCUCUGCUAUUUGGGUGUUCAGUUCAUGGUAACACAUAAAAUUAAAGCCCAAUCUUUACCACCUCUGUAUUAAAUCACAUCCAUACUCUUUCUGUGUAUCAUUGUAAGAAGCCUAAUUCCAUCCUCUUGAAGAGCACCAGAGCAAAUAAGAGUGGCCAAACUCAUACAACCGAGAUGCUUUCCAAACUCAUAUAAAAAGAUGCUUCAAGAAGCCAUGUUGAGGAGAGGCAAAUUGGCCACACCAUAAUGAGUAUGGGCAAGUGAAUGCAGGUGGUUUAUUACGUUAGAGACUUGUCUGCUGUUAAGGUCAGCAGGGAGAAUUCUGCAAAACACUGUACAAAACAGAGUACAUGCAGAUGAAAAGUCAAAAACUGGGUGAAGAAAGACAGCGUAUUUACUGGGAAGGUGAAGUAGGUAACCAAGGAACAAACUGGUUUGUGUCUAGCUACCAGGUCUCAGCCAUCUCCUUGUUAACCUGAGUUCUUCCUGGCUGAGGACAGCCUCCAGCCUGUAAAUGCAAAGACAGGUGUUCUGUGUUCAGCAGCUCAAAGGAUAAAACAUGAUAUUAUGAUAGAAGUUUAUCCUAUGCUGUGUCCUGUAAAACAAUUUGCUGGAAAGACCAGGUAAUGCUACUGCACCCAUCUUUUUACAACUCUCUGUUGAUCUACUAGCUAUACUCCUAUUUCUCUCUUCAUACGGUGCUGCUGGACUCUGCUAUUAUGAGUGUACAGUUAAGAAGUAAUAUAAGUACUGUAUUUAUUGUUCCAAGAAGUUUUUAAUAAUUAUUAACAGUUUGGGAAAUGUCAUGUCUGCUUAGCUGAACAAGAUGUAACAGAGCUAACAUUUUGUACUUCUAACAGAUUUUGCAAAUAAAGUGAUGUAUAUUUA